AUGAUUUUCAACGUGAACGACAACGUCCCUUUCUUCCUGUCGUCACCUACGACCACUUCCCGGGGGCGGAAAUCGGCACCUCAGUCGCUCAGGUGUCGGCAACGGACCUGGACUCCGGUCUGCAUGGCAAGACGAGACGGCGGACUCUCAGUUCUUCAGUAUCGACUCGCGCAGUGUCUCGACCCGAGCGUCCUUCGACCCGAGCAGAAAGCGUCCUACCUGAUCGAGGUCCAAUCGCAGACGGCUCCGAGUCCUCCAGACCGGGUCAGCAGGGGCAGCCCAACACCGACACGGCCUACGUCAGGAUCUUCAUCACGGACGUUAACGACAACGCGCCGGCGUUCCCCCCAGCCGUCUACGAGCGUGGAGGAAGACAAGGAGGUUGGCUACUUCCUCAUCACGGUCACCGCCAACGACGAGGACGAAGGUGCCAACGCUAAGCUGCGUUACCAGAUCACCUCGGGGAACGCCAUGGGCACCUUCGACGUGGAGCCCGAGGUGGGCACCAUCUUCGUGGCUCAGCCGCUCGACUACGAGAUGGAGCAACGCUACGAGCUGCGGCUGGUCGCCUCCGACGGGAAGUGGGAGAACGAGACGCUGGUGGUGGUCCAGGUGGGCAACCGCAACGACGAGGCGCCCGUCUUCAGCCAGACCGAGUACCACGCCGCCGUGACGGAGGAGCUCACACAGCUUCCUGUCUUCAUGCUCGAGGUUUCGGCCACAGAUCCCGACCAGGAGGCCGACCAGACCGCUCUACGAUACUCCCUCCACGGCCAGGGCGCUGGCGGCGAGUUCACCAUCGACGAACGCACCGGGAGAAUCUACUCCCAAAGACGCCUGGACCGAGAGGAGAGGGCGGCGUGGAGGUUCCUCGUGCUGGCUACGGACGAAGGCGGGGCGGGACUCACGGGAUUCGCCGACGUCCUCUUGGAGGUCAAAGAUGUCAACGACAACGCGCCCUUCUUCCCGUGUCCGGCGCUGGAAAUAGACGGAUGUUUCGUCGGCCAAGUGCCCGAAAACUCUCCCGCCGACACCUCCGUGAUGGAGAUGCGAGCCAUGGACCUGGACGACCCCAACGAGGGCAAGAACGCCAUGCUGACCUACAGCAUCAUCAGGAACGUGCGCAACGAGAUCAACCUCAACCUGUUCUCCAUCAACGCCAGCACGGGGACCAUCUACACGGUGCUGCGCUCGCUGGACCGCGAGGCCGAGGAGCGGUACCUGGUCGUGGUGGAGGCCAGGGACGGAGGGGGUUUGGCGGGAACGGGGACGGCCACCAUCUUGAUUUCUGAUGUCAACGAUCACCCGCCGGUCUUCACUCAAAGACUCUACAGCGCUCAGGUGACCGAGGACAUGGAGGUGAACAGCGAGGUCCUCGUGGUUUCCGCCACGGACGGAGACGAGGGCGAGAACGCCGUGGUCACCUUCAGCAUCGUCGGCGGCGACGAGGACAGGAAGUUCUUCGUGGAGACGGACAAAGCGAACCGACGCGGCGUUGUGAAACUCAAGAAGAGGGUCGACUUCGAGAAGCCCCAGGAGAGAACCUUCAACCUGACCCUGAAGGCGGAGGACGCCGACUUCUUCGGCCUCGCUCACUGCCUCGUCCAGGUGGAGGACGCCAAUGACCACGCCCCCGUGUUCCUCCCGCAGUUCUAUGAGUCGCCCGCCAUGUCUGAAGACGUUCCCGUGGGGACGAUCGUUGCCCAGGUAACGGCGUCGGAUCUGGACUCGGGCCAAAACGGACGCUUCUCUUACAGCGUUGCCAAAGAGUCGGACCCCUACGGUCAGUUUCUGGUGGACCAGUCGGGCUGGGUGGUCGUGGCAGACGCUCUGGACCGGGAGAAGAUCUCGCAGCACAGGAUCGUGGUCCUCGCCUCAGACAGCGGGAGUCCGUCUUUGACCGGUUCUGCCAUCGUCAUGGUAACUGUGCUCGACAUCAAUGACAACGGGCCGGAGUUCGAGGCCCCCUACAGGCCCGUCGUCUGGGAGAACAUGGCGGCACCUCAAGCGGUUCAAAUGAACGACACCUCCACGCUCCUGCAUGCCACCGACCGGGACACCUCCGCCAACGGGGGGCCCUUCUCCAUACGACUCCUCAUGCUCACCUCGGACGCCACCAACUUCAAUCUGACCGAUUUUCGGAACGGGAGCGCCGCCGUCACCGCCCUCCGGACCUUCGACCGCGAGCGUCAGAAGGAGUACCUCCUCCCGAUCCUCAUGAUCGACAGCGGCUCUCCUCCAAUGAGCUCCACCAGCACGCUGACCGUCGUCAUCGGCGACAGGAACGACCACCCUCACUCACCGGGACACACCGGCUUCGUCGUCUACAGUUAUGAAGGUAUCCUCCCGACGACGCUGCUCGGACGAGUUCAAUCCCCCGACCUUGAUGACUGGAGCGAGAAGGUGUACCGCUUCGAAGGCAAACCAUCCAGGUUGUUCAGUCUGAAUCAGAGCUCUGGUCAGCUCAGUAUCAGAGAGGGGACUCCUCCCGGCUCGUAUCACCUGCAGGUCCGAGUGUCUGACCUCACCUGGCCUGACGUCACCUCCACGGCUCAGGUGGAGGUCAGGGAGCUGCAGCAGGACGCCCUGCAGAACGCCGCGUCCAUCCGCAUCAGCAAUCUGACACUGGACGACUUCUUCAGGAGCGUUGGCGGUGAGGAGAGUCGGUUCGUGCGUCUGGGUCUGGUGUUGGCUGAACUCCUGCAGACUUCACCUGAAAACGUCCACGUCUUCUCCGUGGGUAGCCGGCGUUCGGGAGAGAAAGAGUUAAACGUGUGGUUCGCUGCUCACGGCUCGCCAUACUACAAGGCGGAGAAGCUGCACGGCUACAUCGCAGCAAACAAAGCCAAGGUGGAGGCGGUGGUGGGCGUGUCCAUCUCUCAGGUGGGCGUUGACGACUGUCCGCACACGGACUGCGCUCAGUCUGGAGGCUGCAGCACAGAGGUGACCUUCAGCCAGGCCCCGAAGGCGCUGAGCAGCGGGAACACGUCUCUGGUGUCGCUGUCGGCCAAAACCAAGGCUCUCUGCGGCUGCCGGGGACGAGAGGCCAUCCACCUGCCCUGCUCCGUCUACCCCACCAACCCCUGCCUCAACGGGGGCACCUGCCAGGACGGACCGCUAGGAUACAGGUGUAAGUGUCCUCCCAUGUUCGACGGGCCCGAGUGUCAGCAGACCAAACACAGCUUCGGCGGUCAGGGCUACGCCUGGUUCCCUCCCAUCAUGCCUUGCUUCCAGAGCCACAUCUCCCUGGAGUUCCUGGCGGAGUCACCGAACGGGCUGCUGCUGUACGACGGGCCGCUCGGCCCCGCCCACUCCGGGGAGCAGGAGGACUUCAUCGCAGUCGAGUUGAGAAACGGCGUUCCAGCUCUGAGUAUUAACCACGGAUCAGGAAGUCUGACUCUGCAGCUCCCUCCCAAAUCCACCGUCACCGACCGACGCUGGCACCGCCUCGACAUCAUCAGUGAUGGAAAGGUGGUGCAGCUGAUCCUGGACCAGUGUGGGGGGGCGGUGGUGAACGAGUUGGAGGGUGUCGGGGGGGAGGAUCAGGAGACGGACGAGUCGGGCUGCAGAGCUGUGGGAGAAACGCCCGGAAACCAGAAGUACCUCAAUGUCUUUCAGCCUCUUCAGUUGGGAGGAAUGAAGGAAUCGUCUCCUCAUCGUCGUUACAGCAGCUUCACCGGCUGCAUCCGCAACCUGGUGGUGGACAGUCAGGUGUACGACCUGGCGUCUCCAGGCGAGAGCGUGGACAGCUCCCCGGGGUGCCGGCUGACGGACGGGGUGUGCGUGACGGCGGGCGGUCCCUCCUGUGGCGUGCAGGCCUCCUGCCUCGCCGACUGGGGCUCCUUCAGCUGCGAGUGUCACGCAGGAUACACGGGACACAAGUGUGACAGAGCCGCCCCGGAGUUCUCCUUCGACGCGGGCAGCGCCGUGAGGUAUCAGCUCAGAGGAGGCGGCAGCUCCCGCCGCACGCACGUCCAGCUGCUGCUCCGAACCCGAGCGCCCUCCGGCACCCUGCUCUCCGUGAUGUCCCGGGAGGCCAACGAGUACAUCGUCCUGGAGAUCGCAGAGGGUCACCUCUCCGUCCGGUCCAACCUCGGCGACGGCGCCCACGCCCUGAGGCUCCCCGGCCUGCGGGUGGACAUCGGACAGUGGGUGCAGGUCAGCCUCAGUCGCCAUGACAACCUGUACACCCUGCGGUUGGAGCAGGGCGGGGGCUCGCGGGAGGUCCGGGCCCGGCUGGGGAGCCGCAGAGAGCUCGUGGUCCACCCGGCCAGCGUGAUGGUCGGUAACGUGCCGAACGCCGGAGACACGGCCGACUUCCAGGGCUGCUUGAGGGACGUUCGGUUCAACGCUCAGCUCCUCCCUCUGGACGGGCAGAGUCGAGACUUGGUGACGGUGCUGGAGAGGCGGGGCGUCACCUCGGGGUGCUCCAGUGACGCCUGCAGCAGCCAACCGUGUCGCAGCCCACUGCGCUGCAUCGACCUGUGGAGGAAACACCAGUGCAGGUGUCCAGGCAGUCAGGUGACGGUGACAGAGGACUCUGGCGAGCAGCGGUGUGUGCCGUCUCCCUGCGGAGCGUCCUCGUGUCGUAACGGCGGCGUCUGCCAGGCGCUGUCCCCCGACAGUUACCGCUGCCGCUGUCAGGACGGGUUCAGGGGUCAGCGCUGCGAGCUGGGGCAGCUCAAAGGUCACCGGCUGGCCGCUCUCAGCCCGAGCUCCAUCCUCGCCAUCAGCAUGUGUCUGCUCGUCUUCUUCGCGGUGCUGGUGGCGGUGACGGUGUGGAACCAGAAAGGCAGCCGCAACAAGUUCAGGAAGCGAGGAGUUUAUCACAUCCCUGCUGAACACGAGAGCUGGGAGGACAUCCGAGAAAACAUCCUCAACUACAACGAGGAGGGAGGGGGGGAGCAGGACCAGAACGGAUAUGACAUCACGGAGCUGAAGCGCCCGCUCUGCUCCAGUCUGUCUCAGUCGUCGUCCUGCACCACCGCCCCGCUCAUCAAGUCGUCCCCCGGCUCCCAGGAGGAGGUCCACCCGUCCGGCUCCUCCUGCAGCUCGGGCGCUCCCUACCUCAGCAUCCCCCAUCACCACCACCACCAUCAGCACGCCACGGGCAGCUACGCCGACUCGCCCUACGCUAACUUCACCGCUCCCGUGAGCCGGGACGCCGACCAGAGCGACGUGGGAGGUUACGUGGACGUGUCGUCGGCGUCGCGCUCUCACGUGGACUUUAAGAGCUACGUGGCGAGGAUCAUCUGGGAGGCGGACAACGACAGCGAGGCGUUCCCGACCGACGCCUAUCACGUGUGGUGCGUGGAGGGGUCGGGGUCGUCCGCGGGAAGCCUCAGCUCGCUGGGGUCGGCGGCGUCACGUAGGAACAUUAGCUCCGCCCCCUGUGUGGAGGAGGAGGAGGAAGAUGAAGGAGGGUUUGCUAACGACCGGCUGUCCCGCUGGGGACCGAAGUUUGAGGCGCUGAGCGAGAUGUACGACCGGCCGCAGCUCGCCCUCACCUACAGAGACGCUGUGGACUACAUGCAGCGCAGCCACAGCCAAGACCUGCUGCCACAUCACCACUAGAGGGCGCCACACAGAUAAACAAACAGAUUAAAGCAGACGGAGGGGGAGGCAGCGCUGCGUUCACGUCCAUCAGACACAAAAUAAAAAACAGGAGGAGAGUCCGAUCUUCUGAAGAAGAGAGUGAAAAUCUUUAAAUGAAGGAAUAUUUCUUUAUAUUUACAGAUUUCUAGAGAAAAAAAAAUCUCUUUGCAUGAAAUGUAACUCUUACUGAAUAACAGAUUUAUUACCAAAUACUUUUCCAUCAUCAUCCCUGAAUGAAUCAGGAAUCUGUAGAAACCAAAACCAUGAAAAUCCUGCAAACAAGGACUUAAAAAAGAUCUAAAACAAAGAUGUCCUCCUGUCCCUCCUGCAGGAGAGGAAACAUGAACCUGACCUAAAGUGAACGCAGAAGCUCCGCCCCCUCCUCUUUUCAGGUCUGAGGUCUGAUUGGUGGUUCAGAAGCAGAGAGAGAGAGAGGCUGUGUGGAUGUGGAAACAUGAGUAUUUAUUGGACUCCUCUGUCGGCCUCUCACUCUUCUCUAUUUCUUUCUUUGUUUUUUGCAUUUUGUGGUCGCUGCACUCAGUCUUUGAAAAUGUGAAUUUCUAGUUGUUUUUGUUUUUUUUAGGACUCUGAGUAAAAGCAAUGUCAGACAUCAGGCGGCUCAUUGGAGGAUUUCUUUUCGGGUUCAUUUGUGAACAAACGGCCUCGACGUGAGAGACCUCGGCGUUCUGCUCGGAGGUGUUUUAAAGGCUUUAUUUGUGAUUGUUCACACUUAAAUAUAAAUCAAGUAUCUCCUCUGAAAAUA